AUGCCCACCGCGCACGGCACCAUGGAUCACUUGCGCGUCAAAGCUCACUACAGCGGGUACCUGCUGAUCACUGACCUCCCGUCGCGUCUCUCCUUCGCUCAGCUCUGUUCGGAGCUGCGCAACAUGUGCAGUCUGGCUCCACAGCGCCCCCUCACUCUCAAGUGGAUCGAUGAUGAAGGAGACCCCUGCACUGUGUCCUCUCAGCUGGAGUGGGACGAGGCCUUCAGGAUCCACAUGAGGAGCAAGAGGACAGGACUGCAACUGCACGUUUUCCCAAGUUCACCAGAGAGACCUGGUCUGGCCUGUCCUGGAGAGGACCGUGACUAUAUUAUGGCGGAGGGCUUGGAUCAGAUCCGGGACCGAGUCCGUCUGGAACUGGACCGAACUGUGGACUUCUGGCUCCGCUUCUCCCAUGACACUGAAUAUGGAGGUUUCUUCACGUGUCUAGACAAAGACGGUCAAGUUUAUGAUGAUACGAAGUAUGUGUGGCUUCAGGGGAGACAGGUUUGGAUGUACAGUCGUCUGUACCGCACUGUGCCGCGCUUCCACACGGAGCAGAUCCUGGAGGCCGCCAAAGCAGGCGGUGCGUUCCUCAGAGACCAUAGCAGAGUUCGGGGCAGCUGCGGCUCCUGGAAGUGUGCGUUCAGUCUGAGCCGAGACGGUCGAGCCCUGAAGGUCCAGAGGAGCAUCUUCUCUGAGUGUUUCUACAUCAUGGGCCUGGACGAGCUCAGCCGGGUCACCAGGGACCGACGAGACCAGCUUGAGGCCGAGCAGAUGAUGCAGCAGCUGCUCCACUGGGUCCUCACCGACCCGUCGGGCCUCGGGCGGCCUCAGCUCCCAGGGGACCGCCCCACCAGCAGCUUGGCCGUGCCCAUGAUGGUGCUCUGCCUUGUGCACCAGCUGACCGAGACCCGGGAGGGGGCCGAGGCUGAGGAGGGGACUGGGGGGAGGGGCCCCGAGCCUGAAGGGGAACCCAUGACCCAGGGCCGGUACCGGACUGUGGCCGAGUGGUGUGUGCAACAAAUACAGAUGCAUGUGCAGAGAGGAGGGACGGCUGUUCUGGAGAAUGUGUCUGAGGACGGAGAGGAGCUGCCAGGGUGUGCGGGCCGACUGCUGAACCCAGGCCACGCCCUGGAGGCCGGCUGGUUCCUGCUGCAGCAGUUUUCAAGUCGGGGCCCCUCAGAGCUGAGGGACUCUGUCGUCAGUCGCUUCAUCGAGGGCCCCUUCCUCCGCGGCUGGGACCAGGAGCACGGGGGCCUCUUCUACUUCCUGGACGUGGACGGACACUGCCCCACACAGUUGGAGUGGAGCAUGAAGCUGUGGUGGCCUCACUGUGAGGCUCUGGUGGCGUUCCUCAUGGCCUUCACCCAAACACGGCGCCCAGAGCUUCUCCAGCGCUUCACCCAGAUCUACGACUACACCUUUAAACAUUUUCCCGAUACUCGGACCGGGGAGUGGGUCGGAUAUCUGUCUCGGGAGGGGAACGUGGCCCUGGACUUCAAAGGAGGACCCUUCAAAGGAUUCUUCCACGUCCCGCGCUGCCUGCUGAUGUGUGAGACCAUGCUGGACCAGAUUCUGGACCAAAAACAAGGACCCGACCAGAUCCUGGACCAGGACUGA